AUGACUGAUGCAGCAGUUCUUUUGAUUUUUUUUUGGCUACAAGGUGUCUAUUAUGAUGCGGCUCCUAGAAGCUGGCACGCGUCUUCUACAAAUUGUCAGCAACUGGGAGCCUGGGAAGAUACAGACUUCAGCACAGAAGGGUUCAGGGUACUAGCCCGUCCAUCAGAGUUCCCUCUGGAUCAGGUUUUCUGGAUCGGAGCAAACAUGCAACAAACUCCAUCGUUCACACUCCUAGGAUGCUUUGAGACUACGGGAUCCACGAAAGGCAUUUCUCUAAAGACCAUCGCUGGGCGUGGUAAUCCCACCUAUAAAUGCUCGACUUUUUGUAGUAACAACGAGGGCAUUACGGCAAUAGGCAUAUCGAAAACGAACUGCUACUGUUACACCGAUGUGGAGAAAUACCGCAAGGUGGUCGAAGAGUGCAUUUACGAGACUUUUCCAGAGUACCCUGGCGAACUAUUUGGAGGACCAAAUGACGGGAGUGUGGUGGUGUACCAAUACAACAAUCAGGAACCAUCAUUGAACUCUAAUGAAUUUGGUAAUUGCGCCGCUGUGAAAUAUUUAGGAACAAUUCCGGUUCGUCAUCAAUUCACUUCCUGUCAGAACAGAAUUGGGUUUAUGUGUUCAAGUAAGUUAAACAACCAUCUUUAUGAUUUUUUUUUGAAAAAUAAAGAUCAAAAGUGA